AUGCCGAUACCAAAUGAAGCUGUUAUAUCUUGUGCUGUAAAUCCACUUAUUUUGGAGGAAACGUCUUACGACGUAGAGAAAAUGAAGACAGAGCACGCAAGCCUAUAUCAUUCUUUAUCAGAUGAGCAAAGAACUGUCUAUGACAGAAUAAUGACUGCAAUUGAUACAGGCGAGGGGGGAUUAUUCUUUCUGUACGGACAUGGGGGAACAGGGAAAACAUAUAUAUGGAAGACCUUAUGCUCAGCCUUACGUGGUAGGGGUGAUAUCGUACUUCCUGUAGCCUCAAGUGGUAUAGCUUCACUACUCCUUCCCAAAGGUAGGACUGCACACUCUAGAUUUGGUAUACCAUUAGAUUGCGAUGAGAACUCAACAUGCAACAAAAUUAGACCUGAUACCGAUCUCACCGGACUUCUCAAGAAGACAAAACUUAUCAUUUGGGAUGAAGCACCAAUGACGCACAGAUACUGCUUCGAAGCAUUGGAUAGAAGUCUAAGGGAUGUUAUGAGAUCGCAUAUAGAAAGUUGUUCUACAAAACCAUUUGGAGGUUUAGUUGUAGUUUUAGGAGGAGACUUUAGACAGGUGUUGCCAGUUGUCCCUAAUGGAAGCAGACAUGAUAUUGUGCAUGCCUCGAUAUGCUCUUCUCAACUAUGGAAUUCUUGUGUAGUUCUCAAGUUAACUAAUAACAUGAGAUUACAGCGUGGAACGUCUGCAUCCACUUCUGAAGAUACUAAGGAAUUUGCAAAGUGGAUACUUGACGUUGGUGAUGGUUCUGCUGGAACCAUUCUUGGUGAUGGAGAAGCUGAUGUGAGAAUAUCUGAUGAUAUUCUUAUACAAAAUGUUGAAAAUCCUAUUGCAUCCAUAAGUCUUUCAAAGAUAGAGCUAUAUUGGCACCCACUAACGAAAUGGUGGAUUCAAUAA